UAUAGGGACUGAUCUAUAGAGUCAAGUGUAGUGAUUUUAAAAAACAGAUAAAUUCAUCGCAGUUGCACGUGGUCAAAGUAUGCAUUUAUUAAAAUUCGCGUGUCAGCAAACAAGAAAACGCCUACGUCAGCGUUAGUUAAUAGUUAAUCGGAUAUACCAACUAAGAAAGUUAUUCCAUAGUCGUCAUGAUGGAUGCAACCUCAGAUCUAUUUUGGCCGGCGAUGCUAUUUACGGUGCUUGCAGUUAUAGUAGCAGUUGUUUUGGGCAGAAAUAAAGGCCCCGUGCCGUCAAAGUGCACCCAUCAAACUGUUUUUGUGGAGGAGAGAGCUCGUCCAGAUCCUGGAGCUUCCUCACAGUAUCAUCCUGAGAAACACUGUAAUGAAACCAGACAACAGCUGCAAUCUAGUGGAAAGAGCCUCAAAGCCAAAGAUGAAACUCUGAACCAUGUAAAGGAUUCAAACUCUGAUAAUGAGGAAGAAGUGUGUAAGUCUGAUUCUCCAGUUCACUCCACCAUUGGAUGGGGGGAGGAUUCCUCUGAGUCAGGGAUAAGGAAUGCUCUGAAGGAUUAUGCUCAAUCGCCUGACGCUGAGAAUAAACCCUUAAAGUACAUGGCUGGCAUGCUGAGGACCUGCCAGCUUGAAAAGAUGAUGACCAAAGAAGAACUGGAGGAGGAGCAGAGGGUUCAGCAGGAGCAGUUGGCUGCCAUCUUCCAGCUACUCAGAGACAAACAAGACACGUUCGGUGACGUGACCGAGGGCGAUUUACAGGAACAGCUUAAACUCUACUCUGUUUGACAGAUCAACUCAAAAGACUGUACUGAGUGAUGCACCGGGAUGUCUGUAUAUGUGGAUUUGGUUAAGCUCCUCGUCAUCUUCAUAGAUUCAAAUACUUUUUAUGCAAGUGU